GAGAGAAAGGUUAGCAAACAUCAGAGAGAACUUAUGCAUCAACAUGAAAUAAGUUAGUGUCAUGCAAGAAUCUAUUUACAUUGACUAAGGACACUGGAAGAGUGAAUAUUGGAGAACUUUAAGUCUGAAAUUUGGCAUCACUAUCCUGAACAAUAUAACCUUAGUUGGCAUAAACUACUCCUACAGACAAAGGCAUUAUCCAUCAUAAUAAGCAACUUCUUGCUUUUAUUUCAACUGGACAAUCGUGAUUAGAAAAGCUCCUGUGACAAAAUUCAAGAAAACCUGAUCUAAAUGAGUAACAACUCAACAUGUAUUCAACCAUCCAUGAUCUCUUCCAUGGCUUUACCAAUCACUUACACCCUACUUUGCAUAGUUGGUCUCUUCGGAAACUCUCUCUCUCAAUGGGUAUUUUUAACAAAAAUAGGUAAGAAAACAUCAACGCACAUCUACCUGGCACACCUUGUGACUGCAAACCUACUUGUGUGCAGCGCCAUGCCUUUCAUGAGUAUCUAUUUCCUGAAAGGUUUCCAAUGGGAAUAUCAAUCAACACAAUGCAGAGUGGUCAAUUUUCUGGGAACUCUAUCCAUGCAUGUAAGUAUGUUUGUCAGCCUCUUAAUUUUAAGUUGGAUUGCCAUAAGCCGCUAUGCUACCUUAAUGAAAAAGGAUUCCAUGCAAGAGAACACUUCGUGCUAUGAGAAAAUAUUUUAUGGCCGUUUACUGAAAAAAUUUCGCCAGCCCAACUUCGCUAGAAAACUGUGUGUUUACAUAUGGGGAGUUGUACUGGGUAUAAUUAUUCCAGUUAUCAUAUACUACUCAGUUGUUGAGGCUACAGAAGGAGAAGAGAGCCUGUGCUAUAAUCGGCAGAUGGAACUAGGAGCCAUGAUCUCUCAGAUUGCAGGUCUCAUUGGAACGACAUUUAUUGGAUUUUCAUUUUUAGUAGUACUAACAUCAUACUACUCUUUUGUGAGCCAUCUGAGAAAAAUAAGGACCAGUACAUCCAUUAUGGAGAAAGAUUUGACUUACAGUUCUGUGAAAAGACAUCUUUUGGUCAUCCAGAUCCUACUAGUAGUUUGCUUCCUUCCAUAUAGUAUUUUUAAACCCGUUUUUUAUGUUUUACACCAAAGAGACGACUGUCAGCAAUUAAAUUAUUUAAUAGAAAUAAAAAACAUCCUCACUUGUCUUGCUUCAGCCAGAAGUAGCACAGACCCCAUUAUAUUUCUUUUAUUAGACAAAACGUUCAAGAAGACACUAUAUAAUAUUUUUACAAAAUCUAAUUCACCACAUAUACAACCACAUGGUUGACUUCUGAAUGGAAAACACAACAAAAUAGAAAAGCAUUCAUAUGACUCUAUUAAGGACUACAUGAUUAACAUGUCAUAGCUUGGUUGACAACAGGCACUGAGAAAACUGCUUUGGUUAAAAAAAUAUAUCUAUUAUAUUCAUAAAACUUGAUUUACAGUUCUAUUUAUACUGAAAGUUGAGAGGGCAGAGACUUUUAGAGGCAAAAGUCAAACAUAUUGAAAGGACACCACUGCAUAUGAAACUAACAGACCAUUUUCUGUUUAAACUAAACCGUGGAUGCUUCUGUUCAAAACACAAUAUUUCACAACUGUAGAAUAAACAAACAAAAUGGUUUAUGACUUGUCUGCUUUCUAGUAGUUAGAAUACAAG